AUGCAUCUAGGUGGUGAUGGGGAUGCUGCUGGUGGGGACGGAGGGAAGCCGAGGAUCAGAUUUUUGCAUCCUCUCGGGAAGGUCGCGGGAGCUGCAUCCCGGCUGGCUCCGGGAAGGCCAGCGCACCUUGCUGCGCUGCGCUGUUUGACCGGCUCUGUUUUCUUUUCCUUUCUUCCCCCUUUCCUCCAGAAACUCUCCUUUUACUCCAAAAUGCAAGAAGCCCCGGAGAGCGGCAGCAGCGCCGGACCCAGCAGCUCCUUCUCAAGCCACCCCGCGGCCAGCAUCAAGGAGGAGGACUGCAGCCCCGAGAAGGAGCGACCUCCCGAGGCCGAGUACCUCAGCUCCCGCUGCGUCCUCUUUACCUACUUCCAGGGGGACAUCAGCGCCGUGGUGGACGAGCACUUCAGCCGGGCACUCAGCCAGCCCAGCAGCUUCUCCCUCGGUAGCGCCAAGGCGGCGCGGAACGCCGGCUCCUGGCGGGAUGGCUCCUUCCCAAUGAUCCAGCGCAGCUUCCCGCCAUCCUUCUGGAACAGCACAUACCAGCCCUCCUCGGUCACAGCCACCCUGAGCAGCCCCCUGGCAGCUGCUGCCCACAGUGAGCUGCCCUUUGCUGCUGCUGCCGACCCCUACGCACCUGCUUCCCUGCACGGCCACUUACACCAGGGUGGCCCUGAGCCCUGGCACCAUGCCCACCAUCACCACCACCACCACCAUCACCCCCCCUACCUCGGGACACAGAGCACUGCCUACCCUCGUCCUGCCGCCAUGCAUGAGGUCUAUGGACCCCACUUUGACCCUCGCUACAGCUCGCUCCUGGUGCCCACUGCCUCAGUUCGCCCCCACCGCCUCACGCCUGCCUCCGUUCCCACACCAGUCAGCCCACCCUGUGAACUGGGCAAGAGUGAAGUGGGCACUGCUGCAGCCUGGACAACACCGGGACCCUUCCCCAGCACAGCAGGGGACAUGGCACAGAGCCUCGGCCUCAACGUGGAUGCAGGUUUGCAGCCUCAGGAUAAAAGCAAGGAUCUAUACUGGUUUUAGAGCUGUCCUUCACUCUUCUUCCCUUGGCUCUCCCUUGUAGAUCUCUGCCUGUUAGACAUGGUGGCAUUCAGAGCUGAAAUCGGGUCAGUUUGUAACAGCUUCUGAUCUUGGUUUGCAGCUCGCCGUUACUCCUUCUGUGGUGGAUCCCUUCUGAGCUGAUGUGCUGACUCAGAGACUCUCAGAUCUCCCUUUGCCCUUUUCCAAGCCCACCGUGGCCCAGCAGCUCGGGGAGACAACGGGACUUAAAAGGACCUGGCAUUGCAAGGAUGGUACUUU